CUCCUGUCGCGCACUCCUCGCUGCUGCCCAGAGCAGCUCCGCGCACUCAGCUGGCGCACCGCAGGCGCAGUCCUGCGCUCCUGUCAUCGUUCCUGAGCUCAGCGGCCUGCCAUCAUAGCCAGCCUUAUCGAGAUCCGCGUUCCCUGCCGCGAGCCGUGCCACAGCUCCGCUGUGAGCCUGCGCGAGAUUCGGCGUGCCGAUGCCGUCUGCGCAUUCAGCCGCGGGCGCUGCGGCGCCCGAUGCGACGGCCGCUGCGUCUGCGUCUAGCACAGCAGCGACGCCCGAGAAGCGGCGCCCGCCAGCGCUGGCGUUCUGGCAGAAUCGCACGCGCAAGCUCAGCGGGCCGAGCGCAGACUCGUCCGCUCCGUCGUCCUCGUCCAUCGAGGCGCCUCCGCCCGUGCCGCGCCUGCGCUCGACCAACUCGGUCCGUGCACCUGGCUUGCGCCACACCCCCUCGACCUCCGCCUCUCCGCCAAAAGCCAGCGAUGCAAGCGCGCAGCUGCAUGGCUCGCCGGUCUUCGGCUUGGACCAGGAGGUAGCCGAGGAGGAUCGGCGCUUCGCUGAGGCUCUGUCUUUGGGUGCCUCGGCGCCUUCAGGAUCUCCGAUGCAGCUCGCCGAUGUGCCGCUCGAGCUGAGCGCGGCAGUGUCUCGCUCCAGCUCCCGCUCGAGUGCCACCUCGCGUGGCGCGCUGCCGAAUGCGAGCGGCGCGCCGGCGGUCGAGUCUGAAGCGACGCCUCGGCGUGCGCAGGCCGACGUUGAGGCCGGUGCAUCGCGGCAAGGCGCCACGCUGCACCGCAAAGGCGCCAGCACUGGCUCCGCCGUCUCGGCCGAGUCUCAUUCUGGUGUGUCAGGACGCGGCAGUCAGACGGGCAUUAUCGAUGCACACACUGGCCCGAGCUCGGUCGCGGACGCGCGCGCAGCGACCGGACACAGCGAUGUCACCUCGAGCUCGCAGAUCAGCGAAGUGCCCGACGCGCCUCGCAGGGACAGCGACGAGACUGCGGACGCGCCCCCGACAGGCGAGCCAUCCUCUUCGGGCGAAGGCGAAGGCGAUGCAGAGGCGUCGCAGGAGGAGCUGGGCAGCCCAGCAGAUGCUGCGAUCCGUGAUGCUGCCCGAGCAAGGCGGAGGCGCCGUUUGCUCCGCGAGCAGGUGCGCAAACGGCAGAUCAAGCGGCAAAGCACGGAUGCACAGCGGCAGCAUGGGGCGGAGGAAGAUCCCACCCGCGACGACAGCGAGGAGGGCUCUGAUAGCAGCGACGAUCAGGCCUGGCCGAGCAGCUCGAAGGACGCAGAUGCGGGGUCGCCGCUGCCCGGCCGGCUGCGACGCGCUCGCAGACUCUCUCCAUCGACGGCCACACAUAGUGGCACGAACGCGCCAGAGGUCAGGGCGGUGACACCCGGGGCCAUCAGCAGCUCCGACUCCUUCUACGACGCCGCCCUGAGCCCGGAGAGCGGGAGCAGCUCUCCCGAGCGCCUCGUCUCCAUGCUGUCACUCGACGAUGCGCCCGACGACGGCCUGGACGAGCAGGAUGCCCUUGGCAGCCGGCGCAUGUCCGAAGACGGAGGCCUGACAAAUUGGCUCCGCGUGUCGCCUCGUCCCUCCGAGAUGGCUUCCUCAGCAACGCUGCGCCAGGACGCACUGGAUGGCCAGCGAUAUCGCGACUACUCGCCGGCAGGAGCCCGCGACUCCUCCUCGCCCGCACGCACUCCCUCGACGGCACGGACGCAGUCGGCAGAAUGGGGACCCGGCAUGUACCAGUCGCCCGACUCGUCCAUCAGCAGCGUGCCCACGCUCGACUCGCCACUGCCGUCACCGACCUCGCCCAACGCCUCCUUCAUGCCCAGCCUGACGAGCCCGACUGCCUCACGCAUGUUCGUCAAGCCGAGCGACGGGUACCAUCGCGUCGCCCGCUACAGCGCGCUGCCGCCGCCUCGUCCCACACCUUCGAUGCCGCCACCGCCGCCGCCCAAGGACCUGCCAGACUCGCGCAGCAGUGGCGCUGCAGACCGUGGCAGGACGCGCAGCCAGAGCUUGAGCCAGGCUGCGCUCGACAUGGACGCGCAGGAUGGGCGCGAUGCCGGCCACGCUGGCCGCAGUACGAGUCAGACGCCGAGCUAUCGCUCCCGCGACGGAAGUUCAAGCCUGCAGCCACCCUCGACGCGCCCGGCCAUCAGCCGCCGCUCGUCCAGCUCGUCUGGCAGUGGUGCGCCUCUGCCGCCGACGAAGGAGGAAGACGCGCCGCCGCAGACGCCGCCGAAGCUCGAGCCAUCGUCGCUCGGGCCGAAUGGCACGAUCCGCGGGCGUCCGCGUGGCGCCACAGUCGGCGCUGUCCCUGCAGCAUCGUCCCCGUCUUCAGCAGGUCGCUUCAGCGUGCAGGCCCGCGCUCGCCCGCGCUCGAUGCUCUGCAACGAGAUGGUUGUGCCUGGCCUCGAGGGCGUCGCACGCAGCGAAGAGGAUCACGACGGCAGCGACGAUCCUUCAGCUCUGCUGGGCGUCCAAGCGGGAGACAGCUCGUCUACGCCUGCUGGAUCAUCGCCGGUCGACAAUUCUGGGCAGAGUGAGGCGCCGAGUGCGGCCACGCGCACCUCGCUCGCAACGACGGCGCCAUCUUUGAGCGGCUCGGCGCCGGACAAGUCGCGCACAGGCCUCAGCGGCGGCGACGGCGAGCUGAAUGCGCGGCAGAACCAGCAGCUCCGGCGCAGUGUUGCGUUGGCUGUGGGUGGUCCGUCCGCGCACACCGCAGACUCGACGGAGCGCAGCGCGUCAAGCAGCAGUACGCCAGCCAGCUCCGCAGGCGCAGCUCUGAGCGCGGCAGGCGGAACAGGCACCAGCAGUGCACCUGGCGGCGCUGCUACGCCGGCCGGCUCGGCCAGUGCGGGCGCGCGCAGCCGCAGCGGCAGCACCGCCAGUCUGCUGCAGCAGGUGCAGCACCCGCCAAAGUCGCACGCCAGCUUCGUCAUUGCCGUGGUGGGCCACCAAGGCGCGGGCAAGACGACCGUCAUCAAGAAGGGCCUGCGGCAGUUUGGCCUGUCGAAGCCGAACGUCCUGUCGGAGAAGAUUGCGUCGCACUCGACGAUCUGCAUCGUCGACCAGGAGCAACGCACGAUUGAGGUGCUGGAGAUCGAUGCAUCGGUGCUGCUCAACGGUCCCAGCAAGCGCUUCGCAUGGCCGAAGUUCCUGCCGCACAUCGACGCCAUCAUCCUCUGCUACGACGCGGCGCAGAUCUCCUCGUUCCGCGGCAUGUCUGAGCUUCUCGAGAACUUCGCGAUGCACAGCCUCAGCACCGUGAUGCUGGCGUGCAAGUCGGAGAGCUUCCCAAAGGCCGUCGACCCCUACUACGCCUCGGACAUGGCUGCAGUGUACAAUGUCGGCCUGGCCGAGUGCAGCGACCAGAGCGAGGAGGGCAAGAAGCGCAUGCGCGACUGCUUUUCCUACCUCGUCAAGGAGGUGGCCAAGGCGCGAGCCGGACGCAAGGCUGCCUUCGAUCCCGCUGCCCACCAGCUGCAGCAGCUGCACGGCUCGGCAUCGACCACGGGCCCUGGCUCGAGCUCGCGAAAGAUGAGCGAUGCCACGACCGCCUCUCUUGACUCGAGCCGGACGUCCUCGGCGAGUCAGCAGAACAGCCCGGCUCUCAGCUCCGCCGGCUACUCUUCGAGCAACGAGAACCCAGGCUUCUCGCGUGCGACGCAGGGCGCUGCACAGUCGAGCGGACACGACGUGCGCAACACCGCGCGCAAGCUCAGCGAUGCCACGACGAUGUCGGUCGAUGCUCCUUCGCUCACCGGCAGCAACUCGGAAGACGAGGCAGCGCUGCAGCAGAGCAUCUCGAAGGCUCAGCUCGGCCUGCAGAGCGCAAAGACUGCCGGCGGCUACGUCUCCAUCGAGGAGCUGUGGGAGAAGCUCUUCUUUGCAGCCGUGUCGGGCGACGACGAGCGCUUCCUGCUCAUGUUCAUGGUCUUCUACCGCGGCUUCGCACGGCCUAUCGAGCUGCUGCGCCAGCUUGUUGCGCGCUUCGAUGCUCUGUCGAGCAGCGAGCGCUCGGACGGCGUAAUGAUUCGCUUCUCGCUGAUGAGAUUGACUGCCAUGCUUGGCGACUGGAUGCAAGACUACCCUGGCGACCUGUCGGCGCCGGACACGUACAGCGAGCUGUGCGACUUCUUCCAGCGCCUGCUGCAGCACCCGUCUACCAUGCACAUCGCCAGCCCUCUGCAGCCGCACCUCGAAGCACUUCGCUUCGCGCCCGACCCUGAUGCCGCAUGGAGCAAGAACCAGGACAACGACAAGCCGCGCUCCGUCGCGGCCGAUGUGCCGCCCGUGCGCCCCUCUCUGCUUGGCGCCGACGGCCAGACGCUGGCGCCCUCGAGCAGCACCCUGGUCGCCAGCUCCCAGUCCGGCUCGUACAGCAUGGACAACAGCUCGCAGGAGGUGCUGCGCUCGCGGGCAUACUCCGACAGCUCGGCAGCCAGUGGCUCGGCGAUCGAUUCGGCUCAGCUCUCGCGACCCUCCUUGGAGCACCGCGACUACAGCUACUCGGACGCGCAGACAUCGAGCGACAGUGGCGUCAAGUCUGCGGCUGCCAGCAUCAGCAGCGCUCCGCACGCGGCCUCGUCUGGCGUGUCCGGCGGCUACCCUGCUCAACAGUCGGCGUCCGACACGGCCCUGGCGCCGCCGCCGGCCAACGUCAACUCCGCCGUGGCUGCCACGCCAGAGGGCCUGACGAACGCGCGCAAGACGGCACUGCGCGGCAUCUCGAAUGCACUGGCGGACACCGACGAGGAGGUGAUCGCAGCCGAGCUGACGCGCAUCGAGUGGAACCUCUUCUGCGCCAUCCGGCCACGCGACUUGCUGCGACACAUCCUUGCCUCGCGCGAGCUGCGCGAGAAGAACGGGCCGGUCGCGCGCUCGAUUGCGCACUUCAACUACGUCUCCGCCUGGGUGUGCACGAUGAUCCUCGUGCAGGGCAAGAUCAAGCACCGCGCACGCAUGCUGGAGAAGUUCAUGAGCAUCGCUGCGAUCCUGCGGCACAGCAACAACUACAACACGCUGCACGCCGUGCUCGCCGGCCUCGGCAACGCCUCGGUGCAUCGCCUCAAGCACACGCGCGAGCUGCUCAACGGCAAGGCCGUCAACAAGGUGUACCUCUCGCUCGCGCGCCUGAUGGGCAGCGAUCGCAGCUUCGCCGCCUACCGUCUUGCGCUCGAGAACUCCGAGGGCCGCACCAUCCCUUACCUCGGCGUGCAUCUGCAGGACAUCCUCUCGCUCUCCGACGGCAACCCGUCGAAGCGCGCGAGCGACGACAUGGUGCACUGGCGCAAGUUCAGCCUCAUGGACGAGGCCGUCAUGGCCAUCGUGCGCUGCCAGCAGCACGAGCGCGGCAUGGCGCGCGCCAACACCAGCGUCGAGCGCCUCAUCGUCGACCUGCCGCUCCUCGACGAGGAGGAGAUGUACCAGCGCUCGCUGCAGGUCGAGCCUCGCGCACAGACCGGACCGGCUGCGCUCACGUCGAGCAAGAUCAAGGGCUUCUUCGCCUGAUCCCGGACUCCUCAUUUCCCCAUAUCUCUCCUCGCCUCCUCUCACUCGGCGCUACCGACUGCUUCCACCCGCUCUCACGACCCUUCUCUCUCACGCCCUCGCUCACUCCCUGCAGCACUGUCCCACUCCGUCACCCUAUAUAUGCGGCCUCAUAGCU